ACAGAUUUUUAGUACUUACACGGUUUUUCUAAGAACGUAUGUGUGUACAUUAUUGUAUAAUAUAGACAUGCAAAUAUUUUUAAUUUUAUUUUGUUUUGGAUGCUUUGCUCAAGUUUUAGGCAAGUCAAUAAAUCAUUUUAGGCAUGUGAAUGAGCAUUUAUGUGGAUAUCAGUCUUGUCAUAAAAUCAAAGAAGGGUUUGUAAACGUGCAUUUGAUUCCUCAUAGCCAUGAUGAUGUGGGUUGGGUAAAAACAGUGGAUCAAUUUUAUUAUGGAACAAACUCAGAUGUUUAUGAUGCCGGCGUUGCAUUUAUUUAUGAUAGUGUUUUGCCCGCUGUACAAAAAAACAAGGACAGAAGAUUUAUAUACGUAGAAACAGCUUUCUUUUGGAAAUGGUGGCAAGAGAAAUCAGAGGUAGAGCAAAAUAUGCUUAGAAAACUGGUUGACAAUGGCCAAAUUGAAUUUAUUGGAGGAGGAUGGUCCAUGAACGAUGAGGCCGUUACCAACUAUCAAUCUAUUAUCGAUCAGAUGACGUGGGGUCUAAGGAAAUUAAAUGAUACCUUUGGGGAAUGCGGAAGGCCAAAAAUGGGCUGGCAAAUCGAUCCAUUUGGACAUAGCAAUGAAAUGGCUUCUAUUUUUGCUCAACUUGGCUAUGACGGUGUAAUACUGGGUAGAAUUGAUUAUCAGGACAAAACUAACAGGAUUGAAAAUAAAUCUAUGGAAAUGGUUUGGAGAGGGAGUGAAAAUGCUGGUAGAAAAUCCGAUAUAUUUACAAGCGUUCUAUAUAAUCAUUACGACGCUCCAAAAGAUUUCUGUUUCGACGUUUUAUGCAAUGAUGGAAACUUGGUAGAUGACCCAAGUUCUCCCGAGUAUAAUAUAGAACAAAGGGCUACACAAUUUAUAGCGUAUCUGAAAGAAGCAAAAACUAGUUUUCAAACUAGUAAUAUUAUAGUACCGAUGGGAAGAGAUUUCGCUUAUCAGCAGGCAGAUAGAUGGUACUCUAAUAUGGAUAAACUAAUUAAAUAUAUCAAUGGCAUUAAAACACCUGAUGGCACCAAAUAUAAUUUAAUUUAUUCCACUCCAUCGUGCUAUGCCGCAGCGGUUCAAAAGGAAACAGCAGGUGUGUUAACAUCUCCUUUAAAAACUGAUGAUUUUAUGCCCUAUGCCAGUGAGCCAAAAGCCUUUUGGACUGGCUAUUACACUUCAAGACCUACUUUAAAACGGUUUGAGAGAAUUGGCAAUAAUUUUCUACAGAUUUGUAAACAAUUGUAUGCCAUUUCUAAUUUAUCAUCAACUAAUGAGCCUAAGUUGGACAGUUUGAGACAAGCCAUGGGAAUUCUACAGCACCAUGACGCCAUCACUGGAACAGAAAAAGAAGUUGUGGCCUAUGAUUAUGCUCGGUUGCUACAUAUGGGAAUUAGUGACUGUGAGAACGUCACUAGUAAAGCCCUUUCAUCACUAAUUAAGGCUGAUGAUAUAGUCGAGUUUAACUCUUGUCUUCUGACAAACGUAAGUCAAUGUGCUUUAACCGAAGAAUCUGAAAGGUUUUUGGUGACCGUAUAUAAUCCUCUAAGUCAUCCCAUUGACAAAUACGUGCGAUUACCUGUAACUAGAACGUCUUAUCGAGUCCUAGGACCUGAUGGUGAAUUAGUUUCUGCUGAACUUUUUCCAAUUUUAUCAGCAGUCACGAAAAUACCUGGAAGGAACAGCCAAGCUACUACUGAAUUAGUAUUUAAAGCCAGUCAGGUUCCCCCAUUAGGAUUUGUUUCGUAUUAUGUUCAGCGGGUAGAGGGCAAUGAUUUGAUACAGGAAAAUUUGGAGAUGACUUUUAAAUAUUCAAAUAGUAAGGGAGUAGGGUUUACAAUAAAUCCUUCAACUGGCUUAUUAGCUUCAAUUGAAAGAAAUGAUAUUUCAUUGUCAGUGGACCAGAGAUUUUGGUUUUAUAAUGGCUCAAAUGGCUUUUCUGAUUUUGAGUUUAGAUCAUCUGGAGCUUAUCUUUUUAGGCCUGAUGAAGAUAACCCAAUUGCUAAAAUAUCAGAUACUGCCACCUUUGAAGUUUAUUCAGGAAAUAUUGUUACUGAAGUGCAUCAAACGUUCAAUAAAUAUGUUAAACAAAUUAUUAAAGUUUACGAAAAUGAAGAAUAUCUAGAAUUUGAUUGGAUUGUUGGUCCUAUUGAUAUGUUUGAUUCUACUUUUAGUAUAAAUGGAAAAGAAAUUAUAUCUCGUUUUACUACAGAUUUAAACACAAAUGCCACGUUUUACACUGAUUCCAAUGGUAGAGAUAUGAUGAGACGAAUAAGGAACUAUAGACCUACCUGGAAUCUAAUGGUAAAUGAAACUAUCUCUUGCAAUUAUUAUCCUGUAACUUCCAGAAUUACUUUAAAAGAUGAAGAUCGCAACCUGGAAUUUGCUGUUUUAACUGAUAGAGCUGAAGGCGGAUCAAGUUUGGAAGAUGGUGAAAUUGAACUCAUGUUAUUAAGAAAUACUAUAACAGACGACCAAUUGGGUGUAGGAGAAAGUCUUCAAGAAUUGGCAUUUGAUGAAGGCAUAGUUGCACGGGGAGCACAUUACGUUGCUUGGGGGCAUAUAAAUAAAACUUCUGAAGCAGAGGAAACUAUUGCUUCAAUACAACAUGAAAUUGUGACGCAAAAGCUAUUAGAUUCAUGGGUUUUUCUCUCAGUACCUACAGCAGCCAAUUUUGCUGAAUAUGCAAAAUCUCACGUAAUGAAGUUUUCUGGACUGGUUAAGGCACUUCCUAAGAACGUUCAUAUUAUGACGUUAGAACCAUGGACUACUGAUAACACUUACCUUAUCCGCUUGGAACACGUUUUUGAAAAAAAUGAAGAUCCGAUAUUAUCAAGCCCUGUUACAGUAAAUCUUACGGACCUAUUUUCGACUUUCCUAGUAAAGUCCAUCAAAGAAACCACCCUAGGAGGAAACCAGUGGCUUGAAGAUAAUCAACGUUUGAAUUUUAAGUCUUUAUAUCAAUUAGAUGACUUAGACUUUCAAAUGCUUAAACAUUCUGGAGGAUAUUUGGAAAGUACAAGCAUUACUUUGGAACCUAUGGAAAUAAGAACUUUUAUAAUUGAAGUUACCAUUAAUUCUUAGUAAAUAAAUAUGUGAUAAUAAAGGAAUGAUAACAUUUUAAA